AUCCACAGCACAAUAAGCCAAGCAAGUGCAGAUCACUUCCAGCAGCAGCAGCAGCAGCCCCCCACUUCAUCACCCACAUUUGCCACAGUCAUCAAGAGCAGCUCAUCACCCAAAAAGAAUCCCCCAGUUCUCCCCAGCAGCAGCAGCAGCCAGACAAAGAACAAUAAUAUUCAACCAAGGGCAGUGUCUGAGAGUCAACACAGACUGGAUCUCAUCAAGCGCAUCAUUGAGCGCUGCUCAGAAAGCGACCAAGUUCCUUGCAAUCAAGGUGUUGAAUGUUCCUUCAAGAGAAGCCUGCCUGUGGAAAAGGUCACUGUUGAUCGACGGCUGGGAGAUGAACGGGCAAUUCUUCCCGAGCGAGAACGACCAUCCGUUGCCGAUGCGGCGGCGGUACAAGGA